AUGGCUCCAAAGGCAAAGCAGCAGCGGGGAGGAGGAGCGCCUAAGGGGAAUAAGAAGCGUGGUGAGGGUGUAGCGAGACGAAGAGACCCCAUGCUGGAUGAGAGACAACAGCCAUUCCAGGCGGUGUGUCUUCUGCCCAUCGCCAAUACCCUCUUGAUUGAUUACACCCUUGAAUUCCUGUCCAAUGCGGGCAUGGAGGAGAUAUUGCUAUACGCUGGCGCGCAUGCAGAUAUGCUAGAAACCUAUCUCAAGUAUGCUUCCCUACAAAGACUACAGGAUGAUGCUGGCUCAAAAUGGAAAUCGGACAUAUCGCCAUUUACAAAAGUUCGACUUAUCAGGACGGCAGCAACUACAUUUGGAGAAGUUAUGCGCGAUCUACAUGAGAAACACUUAAUGAACGGCGACUUUCUCUUAGUUAACGGUGAUGUUAUCGGCAAUAUUCCGCUUGAACAAGCACUGAUCGAGCAUCGUGCCCGUCGACAAACAAAUCGAAAUGCCAUCAUGACCAUGAUCCUCAGAGAAGUAGGGGAAUCAAAUAGAGUUCGCAAGAGUGCGGAUGCACCGUUGUUUGUCAUUGAUCCCACAAAAGAUAGAUGUUUACACUACGAAGAGCUUCAAUACCAUCCACAUGACGGAUACGACCUGCCGUCUAACCUCGAAAUAGACCCAGAGCUUCUUGAUGCACAUGCAGAGAUCGAUGUUCGCAACGACCUCUAUGACUGUCGAAUUGAUAUAUGUACUCCUGAAGUCCUUGGGCUAUGGGCAGACAGCUUUGACUACCAGUCUCCGCGCACCCACUUCCUUCAUGGCGUACUGAAGGACUACGAACUUAAUGGAAUGACCAUCCACACACACAUCAUGAAAGAUCAUUAUGCGACCAGAGUUCAAAAUCUGCACGCGUACGACCUCGUCAGUCGAGAUGUUAUAUCGCGAUGGACUUUCCCCCUUUGUCCAGACACAAACCUCUUCCCUGGAUAUUCCUACACAUUCAAGAGAAACUUCGUUUAUCAGGAACAAGGCGUUGUCCUGGCUAGAUCUGCAACUAUUCAAAGUCGGACUGUGAUUGGUAAAGAAACGACAAUUGGAGAAGGAGCCGUUAUCACCAAUAGUGUCAUUGGCCGAAGGUGCAAGAUUGGCAACAAUGUUAUACUUGAUGGCGCGUAUAUCUGGGAUGAUGUUGUUGUAGGUGAAGCAACAGAGAUAAGGCAUGCCAUUGUAGCCAACGGUUCAGUCAUUGGAGACAAAUGUCAAAUCCAGCCUGGUGUAUUGCUUUCAUAUGGUGUUAAGAUCUCGAGUGGGACAUCUAUACCAGAGAGUAUGAGUAUUACCAAAUUUCAGAGAGAUCCAGAUCAAAAGGUGCCGAAUGACGAGAAACUUGUUGGAAAAGGCGGCGAAGGAUUCGAAUUCGUGUCGGAAGAAGACGAGGAUGAAGAGGAAGCUGACUUUAUACCUGGUCUAUUAUACAACAUGGCCGAGCUGUCGCUGUCCGACGCGUCCAUCUCGACCCUUACGUCGGAUAAAACAGAAGACGGUGGUUUCGGUUUCCGUUCGAGGUCGGGUAGUGUCAGCACAGCGGCAUCUGAUGACGACGGGCGAGACCAGUUCCACCAUGACGCCGUAUCUAGCGUUUUCGACGGCCUUAAAGAAGGUCUUAGCGCUGAGGUGGUGCAGCUAGAACUCGUCGGCCUGCGUAUGAGCGCUAACGCAUCUGAACACCAAGUCCGGCGCGCCGUGGUAGUGUCGUUUAUGAAGUAUAUCCAGCACGUUACGGAGGCGGGUACCGUGGGCUUAGCAGACUCGGUGCGCGAACUUUUUAAGAAGUACAAGGACACAGUCAUGCGAAUCGUGUUUGAUCACGACACGGAUGAUAAGCCAGACCAGGUGGACUUGCUGCUACUAUUCCAGAAAGACCUAACGGAGAGGAAUAAGGGAGGCAACAUCUUACUCUUUACCGCCAAGGAACUUUAUGAUCUGGAGAUAGUGGAUUCUGAAGCCUUCUUGCAGUGGUGGGAAGAUGAGAGGUCGACUAGCACACCUGAAAUGGAGAGUGUUAGGACGCAGACUAAGCCAUUCAUUGAGUGGCUCGAGGCCGAUUCAGACAGUGAGGAAGAGGACGAUGACGAUGGCGAUGACGAUGACGAUGAAGAUGACGAAGAUGAAGAAGAGGAAAGCGAUGCCUGA